CAAGCAAAAAGCCAAAUCAUAACCCAAAAAAGGUUCAUUCUUUGGUGGGGCUUCACUUCAGAGUUCAGACAGAUAAAAAGCUUCUUCUUUUAUCCCACUCGUUUUUUUGGUCUAUCGGAAACCACCCUGGUUUCUCCUGAAAUCUCCCAACUUUCCGGUUUCCCGGCGAAAACCCAGAUGGCAAACGAAGAUAACGGCAGUAACAGCAAUGACCCAUUACGCCAAUACUUGAUCAUCCCUAGAAUCAACCAACCACCGUCUCUGUUUCCUUUACCGGAGGAACACAACGACGUCACGAUCCCGAUGCCAAUGACUCCAUCGCAAUUCAAAAACCGAUUAAUCUUCGGCUCUAAAAAAGAUUCAUCUCUUCUCGUCGACGCUCUCUCUCAAAACCCUUCUUCUCCUUCAUCCUCUGCCACAACUUCGUUCUCCGAUUCACUAGACCUCCUUAUCCCACCUCCGGAGCCUAGUGUACUACCGGUGCGGAAACCUAAACCGGCUCACCAUUUCCACCGCUCUAAAACAGCUCCUGCUAUGGCUGCAAUCAACGAUAUAACUCACCCACAUGAUCAGAAAACAGAGCAAACUGGUUCGAAAACGAUCGUAAGACAAGCUGUUGCUCUGCUUGUUGUGUAUCUCUCUUUAGGUGUGCUUCUCUAUUGGCUCAAUCGAGAUAGCUACAAUGUGAUUCAGACUCAUCCUGUUGUUGAUGCUUUGUACUUUUGUAUUGUGACAAUGUGUACAAUUGGGUAUGGAGAUAUCACGCCCGAUAGCGUGUUGACGAAGCUGUUUUCGAUAUUGUUUGUGCUCGUUGGGUUUGGUUUUAUUGAUAUAUUGCUUAGUGGAAUGGUUACUUAUGUUCUUGAUCUUCAAGAAAACUAUAUGUUAGAAGCUGCGAGGAACGAUAGCUUGGAUGACAGGGAGAAAGCGAGAUCGUAUAUAAUCGAUAUCAAGAAAGGGAGGAUGAGGAUUAGGUUGAAAGUUGGGUUGGCAUUGGGUGUUGUGGUCUUAUGCGUUGGAUUUGGGGUUUUGAUUAUGCAUUUUGUCGAGGAAAUCGGGUGGUUCGAUUCGUUUUAUUUCUCGGUUAUGUCGGUUACUACAGUUGGUAAAGCAGAGUAUGUGAUAUACAAAUUAAAGAAGAUGGAAAAAAUAACGGAUAAGGACAUUAACCCGAUUGGUAACCAGUUUGACAAGCUUGACAGAACCAAUAGUGGAAGGAUUACUCUUCUAGAUCUCUUGGAAACCAGCACUGAUGACUUAUCCACUGCAACUUCUGUUUAG